AUGAAAACCAUUACAAUUAUUUUAGUAAUCAUUGUUUAUUUUUGUUGUUCUAUUUUGGUUUUUGCUCAAGAUUUGAGAAGAUUACCAAGUUUAAUAAGAGAUCAAACACCUGAAAGAAAUCCAGAUUUUGAAAUUGAUAAUCCAAAUCGUGUUAUUACUGGAAUUGUAAAAAAGGAAUUGGGAAAAGAUAGUAAACCAGUCUAUUGUUGUGGCAAUGAUUCGUACCCUAGUAGACUGAAUGGCUACGUUGUACACAAUCAAUCAACCUUUAACUCUUGGUUUAAUAAUGUACCAGGCGUCAAUAUUCCGAUUCCCUUUACAUUGACUUUGACGAAAAAUAGUACUGAUCCAUUAAUGGACACCUAUACAUUCAACAAUGACGCCUUUUUCCCAAUUGAAGGAAAGGGUUGGGAGGCACCUGGUGCAGACCCAAUGAUUAGAAAAAGAAAAUACCUUCACAACUUUCAUUUUUGUAUGGAAACUCAUGCUUUUUUUACCUUUUCUGGAAUUGCAAAUCAAUUUAUAAAUGUUAGAGGUGAUGAUGAUUUAUGGUUAUUUAUCAACAAACAACUGGUAGUUGAUUUGGGAUCACCUCAUUCCUAUCUAAUUGGAGGAUCAAGGUCUUUGGUACUAGACAAAUUGGGGUUGGUCAAGGACAUGGUGUAUGCCUUUGACUUGUUCUUUUGCGAGCGUCACUCUAUGGAAUCUCAUCUUCAACUUUCUACAUCUCUUUCUUUAUUUCCUAAUCCUAGAUUUCUAGAUUUUAAUGGAGAAGCUACUUUAAACCUCACCUCUUUCUUUUUACCACAUCAACUUGAUGCUGCUGAUUUUCAAAUCUUGGUACAGCCUUUAAACUUGACAUUCUAA